AUCCUAACAAGACCAACAAGGGGACCUGACCAGCUAGCUGGCCUUCGGACCUCGGACAUGUCAGUUCUGCGAGGGCGGCAUUGGCGCGCUCAUCGUUACAUGAAUCCUCAAUCUCGUGGUGGACGCCCACGGGGUUUGGUGGUUCAGUUAUAAGGAGGUGACGGUUGCGCCGUGGGAUGAACAUGGCGAUGGCAUCACUUCCACCUUGUUCCACGAAUUGAGACGAACCUCCCCUUCCUUAACCUCCUACGACCUUGUCCCUGUCGUCCAAAGUUGUUAGACUUAUCUCCCGGCAUACCCCCUAAUUACACAAGAAUAAUAGCCCACCCACCCACCCCCGCGAGAAGCCAUCACGAUGAGACCCUCCACCCUCUCGACCGUCCUCUCCUGCGCCGCCGUCGCAACCGCCGUCGCGGUCACCAACGAGACGACGACGCCCUCCCCGGCCAUCCCCAACGUCGUCCAGUCGACCUGGGACGGGAAGUGCUUCUACCCGACGCCCGACGCCGCCUUCGACGUCGAGGCCUACCUCGGCCGCUGGUACCAGGUCGCCGGCACCGUCGCGCCCUUCACCGCCGGCUGCAAGUGCAUCUACGCGCAGUACUCUCUGAAUGACGACGGCACCGUCAAGGUCAACAACACGUGCGAGACCCCGGAGCGCGCCGUCAAUAUCCUCGGCACCGCCGCGCCCGCCGACCCGUCGUACGGCGCCAAGGGUGUCCUGCGCGUGCAGUUCCCCGGCCAGCCCGGGCCUGAGUGCGCCGGUCCCAACUACAUCGUCCAAGACUACACCCCGGACUUUGCGCUCGUGCAGUCUAGCAACUUCUCGACGCUGUUCGUGCUCAGUCGCCAGCAGAACCCGGAGGAUGCCGUUCUCGAUGCAUGGAUCGCCCGCGCCGGCCAGCUCGGCUCCAGCCUCGACGACGUUAUCAAGAUCGACCAGACGGACUGCAAAUUCACCUGAGACGCGGGGAACCUGCCAGGCUCUGCACCCGUUGCCCUUGCUGCCGUCUCGUCUUCUCCGGGGAAACACGAGGAAUCCGUGCCUGGCGCUUGGCCUGGAACGGCCGAGUUGUGAAGUGAGACGGAGGAAAGGGAAACCUGGGGGGGUCUAAGAGCGGCCGCAACCGGGCGUGAAGCACUACCACUAAGAGAAUGAAUUAUUUCGAAAAAUACCCCCAUGCAGAAAAUUCCAAACCUGCCUUGACACUGCAGAUCAGUCAGUGUGUGUGCGUCUUUUUGAGA